AUGUCGAAAAAAGAAAAAGAGAAUCUUUCUAAAGUACAAACUGGUAUGAACUCGACGUCUAAACUUGUGCUCUCCUCGACUUCCUCGACAAAUGAACGGACUGAAGAUGACGUGAGUUAUUCAGAAAUAGAGAAAAGAAACUUCCAGAAAUGGGUUCAGGUUGGAGACGAUAUGGACAUUUCUCUGGCGUGCGAUGGGUGCAAAAAGUUGAUUGGAGGAUUGAACAAAUUGGAGCUUUUAGCAUGUGGUCAUUACUACUGUAACAACUGCUUCGCACUUUUCACAAAAGAUAACCAUUCAUCUUGUAUUACUGCAACAUCCCCAUCAAGUGUAUUCACUAGAGAGGUUUCUCCACAACAAAUAGCAGAACAUGAUGGUGAAUUGUCACAAGAAGGCGGGGCUGAACGUGUAAACAGUCGUGGAAGUAAUCGUCCAUCUCGAAAAGCUUUGAUGAAUAAAUCGAAAAGUGGAAGAAAAAGAAAACCGAAAAAACCAGAUCAACAGCUUUGGUACUUCUUGCAUCUCACGAAACCAGUUGUGGUUAGCCUGGCUACUGAUGCCACAUAUGGUGACCUACUAUCUCGACUCUUCAUUAUGCUUGGUGUUGAUAAAAAGACGCAUGAUAUCCACAUCAGAACCCAGAAGUCGUCGAGUGAAGAAGCUGAAGGAGAGGCUGCUUCUUCUACUGGUGAACCGGCACCUCUUGAGGUUAUUGAUUCCAAAUCUCGACUGAGAGAUCUACGGAUUCCUCGACAAAAAAUGUUGAUUAUUGAUGUGGAAGAGAAGAAAAAACAGAAAAGUUCAGAGGAUAAAAUUGAUCAAAAGAAGCCUGACAAGGACAAGAAGUCAACUCAUGAAGAUCUUCAAAGUCUCAGUCAAAGUCGUGCGGAUGAACCGAAAUCUUCAUGA